AUUGUGUCUUAAUAAUUAAAAGACGUUGGAAAAAAAAAACAAUUUGAGUUGAAAAAAAGUGGAAUUUAACGUGAACUAGUUCGAAUCAAAGAACAAAGGGCCAUAAAUGUUCAAUGUUUGAAACAAAGUUACUGAAUUAAAACCAUUAAAAAACAAACAAAAAAAAGUGAAAAAUGGCUUACAUGUCGGACAUUGAUCUUGCGACAUUGCAUAAAACACGCUUAGAGGAAAAAGUUAACUAUAAAUUGUCGUGGUGGCGAAACACGGCGAAAAGUGAUGCAAAAUUACUGGAAUCCAAGCCAGCGACAAAGCAGUACAAUUAUCACAAGAAGAAACCAGUUGCCAAGUCUGCGACAACAAGUAAAAGUCUGACAAACAAAAAAGUGCCCGCAAAAAGUGAUGAAAAUGUUGAACGUUGUGAUAAAUACGAAAAAUCCAUUAGAAAUAAGUACGAGGCGUCGGAGUUGGAGUUUGACGAUCUCAGUGACGACGGAUAUUUCUCGUCAGACACGAGACGUCGACGAUCGGGAACAUGGCCGCGAACCAGAAGCUUGAAUGCACCUUCACCAUUUCAACAGUUUGGACCAUGUGGACGAAUAAUGAAAAAUUCUGCCAUGGUUAUGCAAAUCCAGGAUCCUGCCAGUCAACGCUUGACUUGGUACAAACCACCGUUAGCUGUGCUAGUUAUAAAGAAAAUCCGCGAUCCGAGUGUGUUAUCGCCGUUCGUGCAACUGGUCGAAUGGUUGAUCGAUGAGAAGCAUAUGGUUGUGUGGGUUGAAGCAGCUGUCCUUGAUGACACUUUGCUGUUAGAUAAUAAGAGAUUUCUUAGAAUUAAAGACAAAUUAGUUACCUUUAAAGAUGGUCGUGAUGAUUUGACAGAUCGUAUCGAUUUCAUCAUUUGCUUGGGAGGUGAUGGCACACUUUUAUACGCGUCUUUGCUGUUCCAGCAGUCUGUUCCGCCUGUGAUGGCUUUCCAUUUGGGUUCACUUGGAUUUUUAACACCGUUCCAAUUCGAUAAUUUCGAGGAGCAGGUCACGAAUGUGCUGGAAGGACAUGCCGCAUUGACAUUGAGAAGCCGUUUAAGAUGUAUUAUCCGUCGUGGAAGUGAGGAAAAUAAAGAGUACAAAGACCAACAUGCGAUUGGACAAGACAAUUACUCUGUGAAUAAUAUACCAAAACCAUCGACAAACAUUCUCGUCUUGAACGAAGUCGUUAUCGAUCGCGGUCCAUCUCCAUACUUGAGCAACAUUGACAUCUUCCUCGAUGGCAAACACAUAACUUCGGUGCAAGGCGAUGGCUUGAUCGUAUCAACGCCAACAGGUAGUACAGCAUAUGCCGUUGCCGCUGGAGCUUCGAUGAUCCAUCCUUCGGUGCCCGCAAUUAUGGUGACACCCAUUUGCCCACAUUCUCUAAGCUUCAGACCGAUUGUUGUUCCAGCUGGCGUCGAAUUGAAGAUUUCAAUCAGUCCUGAUAGUCGCAACACAUCCUGGGUAUCGUUUGACGGUCGUAAUCGACAAGAGCUUCGACAUGGCGACAGUCUUCGCGUAACUACCUCAGUAUAUCCAGUGCCAAGUAUUUGUGCUCAAGAUCAAAUCUCGGAUUGGUUUGAUUCGCUCGCCGAAUGUCUACACUGGAACGUACGUAAGCGCCAAAAAUGCUUAGAUGAGUUGUCAGAUCUGACGGGAUCUGGUUCGGAGGACACGCUCGACGACUUGGAUCGACAAAUGGAAAGUCUGGAAGCCUAAAAAACAUGAAAUUCGUACAGGGACAUCAAAAAUAGUUUAGAAAUUGCACGUUGCGCGUAUCGGGUGAAUGCACAAACAAAAAAAAAACUUUCUCUCUAACCUCACACAAUUUUUCAAUAUAGACCUUAAGUAGAAGUGUGAAAAGCAAUCUGUGUCCCAACAUUUGAUCCCUGUGUUCCCUUGUUAUCGAUAAAUUUAUUUGGUGUUAUAUUGUUAAAAGAAUCAAGCUACAAAAAAAAAAUAAUUUUUAUUGCGCCUGAAAAUAAUUCUGAAUUAUAAUGUUACUCGUUAGAUAUCUAUAGCUAUACCUACUAAAAAAGAAUAUUCGUAAAAACCGUUUUUGUAGAUUUUAUAUGAUCCGCAUAAAAAAUUGUUGCUAUUGUAAUCUACUAUAAUGAUGAUAAUAAAAAAUUUACACGUUUUAUAUAGAAAUGUUAUCCGUAAGAAAAAUUUAAUAUUUAGAAGAAAAUGAGCCUAAAAAAAUCAGUAAGAACAAAUUU